CAUCGUCAUCUCAUCUCAUCCGAUUCCGAAACAGGGAACUUGCGCCGCCACCGUCCAACCAGCCAUGCCAGCGGUGGCGUCCCUGUCGGCGCCGGCGCCGGCGCAGGCCGCGGCUGCGCGGCGCCGGAGGUUCUCCCCCGCGGCUUCGUCCUCGCUGCGCCGGGUCGCGUCAGGCGGGGGCUCCAGCUGGCGCAGCGAGCGGCGGCUCAUGUCGGAGCUGGAGCGCACGGUCACGGCGGGCGCGGCCGAGCGCGUCAUCCGCAGCUACGUCGGCACCAAGUCGGAGCGCGCCGCGCUCGCCGCGCUCUCCAGGCUCCUCAUGGAUUCCGACCCCCUCGCCAUCCCGUUCUAUGAGGCAGUCACUCAGGCCCGGUGGUUCAAAUGGAGCUCUGUUCAUGCUGCUGCAGUUGCUGCCUUGCUUGAAGUCAAUGGGAGCACUGGGGAAUCAAGGUCCCUGAUCUCUGACUCCAUCUCGCAGCACCUCCAGUCCAACGAUGAGGUGGCUCUAUUCUACUGUGAUCUCAUGGCUGCUUUCUCCUCGCGCGGGCUGAAAGAUCGAGCGGUGGAUUUCUACACUGAGCUAAGGUCUAUGCCGCACACCGGGCGCAAGGCCUACAUGGCCAUGAUAAAAUCCUUGUGCCUGAUGGGUCUGGCCAGUGAGGCAGAGGAAGCACUUAGGGAGAUGGUCUCUCUCGGCUACCAGCCUGAAGCUUUCCAGUUUGGAUUGGUGGCAAAAUGCUAUGGCAAGUCAGGCUCGUUAGUUGAGAUGGAGAGGGUUAUUGCAUCCAUGUCAGAUGCUGGCAUCCGCCUGGGCACCGGCGCAGUGAACAUUGUGCUUUCAUGCUACAGCUCUUGCCGUGAUCAUUCCAAGAUGCUGGCAUGGUUAAAGAAGAUGAGGAAAUUGCGCAUCGCACCAACUGCGAAAGCAUACAACUUUGUGCUCAAUUCAUGUCCCACACUUGCUUUGGUGGUUCAAGAGCUGGAUCCUUCACUCCCGCUGUCAACAGCGGGGUUGGUCAAGAAGCUCAAGUCUGUAUCUACACUAGCAUCAGAAGCUGAGCUGGUGCACGAGCUUCUGGCCUCAUCGGUGCUGGACAGGGCAACAGAAUGGUCUGAUACAGAGGUGAAACUUAAUCUGCACGGGUUCAGUACAAUUGCAGCCUAUGUGCUGAUGCUGCAGUGGGUAGAUGUGAUAAAGGGUCGCACGUUACCGUUGGAGGUGUCUGUGGUGUGUGGCAUUGGGAAGCACAGUGAUGUCCGAGGUGAGCCCAAAGUGCGGGAGCUGGCACAAGAGGUUCUGAGCCGAAUGGGGAGCCCCCUUCGGCUAUCCACAAGGAACAAAGGGCGUCUUGUGGCAAAGCGAGAUAGGGUGACUCAAUGGCUUGCCAGCUUUCCAGUGCCUGAGGAGGUUACAGAUAAAUUACCUGACGCAACGAGUCAACAACCAUUUGUAUUUACGCUUUUCAGAAAACUUGAACAAUUUUUUUCCACCCUUGUGUAGGUUUUCAGAUGAAUUGCAAGGUAGCUCAGCAUCUUUGCUAUGCUGUAGAAUAAUAGAAAGUCUAUAUAAGGUGCUCAAAGAAGUGUUGACCUAAUCCUUGUUCUGAUGUUGGAGUAUUAUGCCUCAAUGAGCUGCUUGAUGCUGAUGGGACUGACAAAUUGCGCUGGUCCAUCAUAGAAGACAAGGCCCGCAAACUUGUAAGUAGCCUGGGUAGGGUGCACGAGGUCCCAGAAGAGGUACUUGCUGCGGUCACUGCAGCAGUUGGAGUUGGGGAUGCACCCUCUCUCAGCAUUGAACCUGCCACCACCGCAGCAUGCGCUCUUCACCUCCUCCAACCCUGCAGGCAAAAAGGGAGCAACGCUGCAGAAAUACUGGAGAAAGAGGUGGCUAAUAACUGCUAUUUCAAUGCCAAUGUGUGGAUUUCAUAUCCGGAAUAUCACUGCUCAUUUUUUGCAACUUACCAGCAGCAUGCGGGUUUUUAAUCAGACUAGAGACAAGCUCAUAGGCGCUGGAAAUGGAGUACUUCAUGCCCUGCAUUUCUGAGCUGAGAUUGCUGAACAGCUCCCUGAUUCCAUCAUUCAGGCUCUUGGCCAACUGAUUCAAUGCAUCAACACAUUCUCCACUUGGGUUCUGACUUCUCAAGUAUGGGUAGCACCCAAUUAGUGGCACAUUGAUCACCGCGAAUUUCCUCGCUCCCAAAUUGUACAAUGUCUGCAGCACGCCAAAUAUACAGUUAUAUAUGGUUGAUAAAGAUUGCUUUGUCAGUCCUAGAGUUCUGACUUGUGCCUUGAUUCCUUGAAGUAUGAUUAAAUGAAGAAGCACGUUCAGUUCAAAUGUUCAGAUAUUUUUUGUUUCAGAGUCACAAUCCUGAGUCACUUGCUAGGUACCAUAACGUAUGGGUUUGUCUGCGUUGAAGAGAAUCGACUAGAAUUCUUACUUUGACAUGGCUAUCAUAUGUGGAGAUCAUAGCUUCAGAAAACUGCUGAAUGGCGGUGGAGUCCGGUGAUCUGUUCUGUGAGAAGAAGUCAAAGGCAUCAUUCGCACCGGCGCUUACAAGGAAGAUUGAUUUCGACAGCAAGGCCCAGGCCGACACUCUAGCAGUGCCAAGUCUGGUUGACAUCUGAUCUUUGAGGUCUGAGAAGUACUCUAUCUGCUGCAUCAUGCUGAUUGUAGAUCCCUGGUGUAAAUGCCAUUAAGAAUUUUGGUUUUAAUGUUUUUAUUCCAAAUAUUUAUGUUGAUACUUGCUACUGUUAACUGUACUAGCAAUUUAAAUUGGAAAGGGAUAAAAAAA